UGCUCGGGUUCAUUUAUCGCGCAAGCAACACAUCGCGCUAUUAGCGCGUCCCAACUGGAGAAGACUUCGUAGAACCGAUCCGAAUGUCCUGAGAUUGGAAUAACGCUUUCCGAUAGUAUCACUCGGCGUCUGCAUCCGCCGCUCUGGGACUUCAUUAACGGAACCGAGAUCGUGUCUUUAAUGCCAGGGCAGCGCGCGCUCUCCUUCUAAGUAAACUCGGAUUUCGCAAUUGAGAUAGCACGAAAUAAGAAAAUCGAAUGAGACGUCACCUGCUCCGAAUAUUUAAGGACGUUAAGUACAAGUUGAGAGAUAUCCUCCAGCGUGAAAUCAAACAGUCGUUAUGAGAGACAGAGCGUUCUUCCGCUCGGAAAAACGUUCAGUUGAAAACGAUCGAUGGUGCAGAUGCUCGAGCGGCGUUCGCGCACGCUAAAGGGGCCUUUGUGUCUUUCCUCGGAUACUUAUAUCGACGUAUAUAUGUAUUUUCAGGCGCGUCCUUUUACAGUUCCGCGCGCGGUUCUCAGGAGCCGCGCCUCGAGGCGCAUCCGGGUUAUGGCGCAACCGAAAUACGUAACCAAGAAAUACGAUCCCGCAGCGGCGCCGCCCCCUUACCCGCGCAUUCACCCGAAGACGCUUGCGGCGAGGAGCACCAAGCGUAUCGUUGAUCUGGCAUUGCCCAAGAGAAGAGUUCUGCUGGAGACGAUGAAAUUGGCAGCUACCAAAAACAUGAAGGCAACCGUGAGCGAUCUGCUGGUGAAGGUUCGAAAGUCGCGGUACCAGCGGUAUCGUGUAUUUUGCAACAGGCGUCAAGAACGAGAAGCUAGGAAAAAGAGAAAACGAAUGGCGAAACUACGCAGAGCUCUCACAAAACCGGAAGAGUGGCAAAGGCACAUGCGGGUCCUGGAAAGACUGGCUGCGCCCAAAGUCGCCGCGAAACCCAAAAGGAGGAAACCCGCUAAGAGAAAGAAGUGGAGGCCGAUCGACUUGGAGCGAAUAUACCUUAUGGCGUCACCGAUCGUCCGACGUGUGCCCAAGCUGAAAGAGCCUCUCGAGGUGCCGAGGCGCGCGCUCAUCUAUCGUAUCACCAAGCGAAUAGAGAUACUCGCUACUCGAAAGAAACGUCCGGAGAUCCCAUUGCGAAUACCAGGCGCCGUUUCGCCGGCCGCGGCCAAAGCUAUCGCUUCCGAGAGAAUAACCGCUCUGGCGAAGCCCGCCCAGCGUCCAACCGGUAGGGAAACGGAUCUCCGAGAGGAUGCCUUCACCGUGUCGCCGAUGGCGUUAAAGGCGAGUUGCUCCAAGCGGCUCAAAAGACUGGCCAAACCGAAGACCUACCCGAAGCCCAAGUUCAAGAGAUUGAGAACUGCUCUGCUCAAACGAUGAAGCAGCCAAUGAGCAGAAGAGAGAGAGACAGAGAGAGAGAGCUGUAUGUGUACACCCGACGAAACUCGCGUUAAUUCUCGGGCUUGUCUCGCGAAUAUAGAGUACGUUCAUUAAAAAUUCAGGGUAUUUGUCGCAGUUUCUGCGUACGCACGUAAUUUCGCAGGUGACAGUAGAAUCACAUGAAUUCACAAUUUUCCCAGAAAAUAUAUAUACUGUAACUGUAAUAAAUGGCAGCGUUUGGAAAACAAAAA